CUCGGGAAUUCUGGCAGGCUCGAUGGGAAGAUCCGCGAAGCUAAGGUUGGUUAAGGUUCGACAUUCUCCCAGACGUUGCAGAUACUCAACCCUCCACACCCGCGAAAGCCGCUGCCAAUUCGCGAUCGGCGCACCCGAUACCCCCGGCACCGACUGCCCAAACUCGACUCCCGCCGGUGAUCAUGGCGCCAGGGAGCUUCAAAAAGCCACUUCUGGCGCUCAACCGCAUUAUCGGACAUACGUCGGCGAAGAACCACAUUACCAAGGUCCACAUCGGCAACAUUGCCGCCCUCGACGAUGACCGGCACGAGAAGCACCUGAAGAAGGCUCAAGAAGAGCGAGUUAAGCAGGAUGAGCGCGAAAACGAAAGGCGAUCCUUUCAGCAGCGCCGGAAGGAGGAGGAGGAGAGAGCACACCAGGACGACCCGCCCGAGAUCGCUGCUCGGUACGGCACCAAGACAAGCGAUGUGCUCGCCAAGACCGACUCGAUCCAGAAGCUGGCUGCAGACCCCAACAAUGCCGGCAUGGCCGUCAGCUUCAUUGCCCGCGUGCACCACGUGCGCAGCAUGAGCUCCAAGCUGGCCUUCAUCAUAUUUCGAGACCAAAUCGAGCUGGUUCAGGGCGUGCUGGCGUACAGGGAGGGCGAGGUGUCCGAGAACUUUGUUCGCUGGGCUGAGCACAUAAUCACUGAAAGCUUCGUCCACGUCGAAGGGCGCCUACAAAGGCCGCCAGAGGAGAUCAAGGGCUGCUCGAUUCGCGAGCUCGAGGUCCAAAUCGACAAGAUGCAUGUGGUGGUGCCGGUCAAGGAACAUCUCCCCGUCGACCCCUUCACCAUGGACCGCGUCGAAGAGGACCAGGAGACGCACCAGCAGGAGGCCAUGGCAUCCACAAGGGUUCGUGUUUCCAAUCGCAUCGCCUACCUGCGGACGCCGACGGCGCAGUCCAUCUUCCGCAUAAACUCGGCCAUCUGUAGCGCCUUCCGCUCGGUGCUGGAGGGCCAUAACUUUGUCGAGAUCCACACCCCCAAGCUCAUGCCCGGGGCAACCGAGUCAGGGGCCGAGGUUUUCAGGGUUAACUACUUUGGGCGCACGGCUUUCCUUGCACAGAGUCCCCAGCUCUCUAAGCAGAUGAGCAUCUCGGCCGACUUUGGCCGAGUCUUCGAGAUCGGUCCCGUGUUCCGCGCCGAAGACAGCAACACGCAUCGGCACUUGACAGAGUACACCGGCAUGGAUCUGGAGAUGGCCAUCAACAGCGAUUAUCACGAGGCUCUGCACAUCAUUGACGACCUGAUGAAAAACAUCUUCAAGACCGUCUACACGCGUUGCCGCAGAGAAAUCGACAUGGUCAAGACGCGCUUUCCCCACGAGGAUCUGGUGUGGCUGGACCGAACACCCAUUCUGACUUUCAAGGAGGCGGUAGACCUUCUUAACUCGUCAGGCUGGACCGAUGACCAUGGCCGUAAGGCCUCGGAGCACCAGGACCUCAGCACGCGCGCGGAGAUUCGCAUCGGCGAGCUUAUGAAGGAAAAGUACAAGACCGAUUACUACAUCAUCGACAAGUUCCCCGCUUCUGCGCGCCCCUUUUACACCUAUCUGGAUCCAGAAGAUUCUAGGUUCACCAACUCGUUCGACAUCUUCCUGCGCGGACAAGAGAUCACAACUGGCGGACAGCGUAUCCACCGGGCAGAUCUGUUGAAGGAGCGGAUGCUGAAGGCAGGUGUUGAGCCCAGCGGCGUCGAAGAAUACAUGUCCGGGUUCGAGUUCGGCGUCCUGCCGCACGCAGGAUGCGGAAUCGGUCUGGAGCGCAUCGUGUUCCUGAUGUUGAAUCUGGGCGACAUCCGCAAUGCCUCGCUCUUCCCGCGCGACCCUAAGUCCCUGCAGGAGAACAAGGAUGUUGUCAUCCGGUUGCCCCAUCCUGAAGCCGACACGAUCCGGUAUCACUACGACUACGAGCACGGCGUCCCCAACCUUGAGCUGCCGCCGGUGGAGAAGCUCAUCGCCAAUUAUGGAGAUGCUACAAACACGUCGUGGCUUGACGACCGCUAUAAGGUGUGGCGGCACGAGUCAACCGGUGCUGCGAUUGGCUACGCCGAGGAGAACGGUUAUGCCCUUGUCAUGGGUAACCCGCUAUGUGACUCUCGCCAGUACCAGCCCGUGAUCCGAGCCUUCCUCAAAUACAUGCGCUCACACAAGGACCUUCGUCCCCUCUGGUUGCUCGUCGGGCCCGAGGUUGAGGAGAUCCUCGGCUCCAAACUCGGCUGGCGGACGCUCAGCUGCGUUGCCGAAGAGCGUGUGCCCAUCGAAUCAGCCAAGAAGGUGGGCAAGAAGGAGCGCCAGGCCGAAGACGCCGGCGUCACCAUCCACGAACACCCCGUCGACCAGCCCCUGCCCCAAGAGUUCCGCGACCGCUGCGACAAGAGGAUUCAGGAUUGGAAGAACAACCGCAAGGGCAGCAAGCAGGUGCACAUCACCGAGGUGCGCCCGUGGGUCGACAUGGAGCACCGCCGAUACCUGUGGGCCGAGACCAAGGAGGGCGAGAUUGCGGCCCUGUGUGUGCUGCACCGCCUGUCGCCCGCCAACGGGUACCAGAUCAAGUUUGCGCUCGACUUUCCCGGCUCGCCGAGCGGCACCAUUGAGGCUCUCAUUUCAACCGCCAUCCAGGCGCUGGCCAAGGCCGGGGUGCAGAAUGUCACGUUCGGUGCUGGCGCGUUGCCCGAGAUGGUCACGGGCGGGAACCUGGACGGGAUCAGGGCCCGGAUUCUGUCCAAAACGUACAAGACUAUUGCGCAGCAGCUCAAGCUGAUCAACAAGAGCGAGUUUCGGGAGAAGUUUGGGACAAAGAAUGAUCUGGUGUAUAUCUGCUAUCCGUUUAUGGGGCUUGGGGUCAGCGGCGCGAGGACGUUGAUCAAGUUCUUUGAGGAUGAGAUGUGAUUGGAUUGGACGGGUUUGGUAAUGCGAGGUUCUGCUGGAUAGGUUCUGUCUUGGGUCAGCUUUGGGUUUUCUUAUGUUCAUGUUCAGACCAGUGCUUCUAGUGUUUUACAUGAGGAUACCCGCUCCUGUGUGGUUUUCUUUCAGUUCAGUUCAGAGUUAAUACCGGAAAGCGUCUACCUUCCUGGAGGUCUGAGGUGGUGUGCGACCAGAGCUUCUCACAGACAUCCAUGAUGGCAGUCGCGGGUUGCCUGUCUUGUUCCCUCAAGCGCUUCUGUAACAAGACUGGAAGUCACAUUCGACAGACUCCAAGAC